UAGACUAGCACAGACAGCCAAAUAUUUGACACUAGCAAUUGUUGGCUAGUCAGUUAGGAGUUAAAAUAAUACGGAGAAAAACAUAUUUUCCUACACAUAAUACAUUUACGUUUAUGCCAAGGAUUUAGGUUUCUGUGUCAACGGGAUGUCAACUCCAGCGAGACGACGUUUAAUGAGAGAUUUUAAACGACUGCAGGAGGAUCCUCCAGCUGGAGUUAGUGGGGCGCCAUCAGAAAACAAUAUCAUGGUAUGGAAUGCUGUCAUUUUUGGUCCUGAAGGAACACCUUUUGAGGAUGGAACCUUCAAACUUACCAUUGAAUUCACAGAGGAGUAUCCAAAUAAACCUCCAACAGUGCGAUUUGCCUCAAAAAUGUUUCAUCCAAAUGUGUAUGCAGAUGGAAGCAUAUGCUUAGAUAUUCUUCAGAAUCGUUGGAGUCCAACCUAUGAUGUCUCCUCAAUCUUAACUUCAAUACAGUCUUUACUGGACGAGCCAAACCCAAAUAGUCCAGCCAACAGCCAGGCAGCACAGCUGUACCAAGAAAACAAGCGGGAGUACGAGAAGAGGGUUUCUGCUAUUGUUGAACAGAGCUGGCGUGACUGUUGACCCCUGCUGUCAUUGGAGUACGAACGGCAUCCGGCCCAGAAUCCAUCAAUCAAGAAGACCGCUGAUCUCAGAAAUAAAGUGACACUUCUUAAAAUCCUUCUCGGUAUAUUUGUCCCAUAGCUGUUGCUAAGUUUGUAUGCCGUCGUGUUGUGGCAUUCAUUGGUGCCAAAUUGCUAUUGUUGGACUAUAGCGUAUGUUUGUUAAAAGUAAAUGUACCUUGUUAUAUCUGGGUUACUUGCUACAUGCACCAACAAAACAAAAAAAAAAAGCCGGUGUCAGUCACUUUUUUACCUGUUUAUUUUUACAUGAAGUAAAUUGGUUGGAUGAUACGGUGACAGUUAAUUAGAUGUGCUUCCUGAGUGGUUUGCUGUGUGUGUAUCAAAAUUACGCAUUUCUUUCAGUUUUAUGUCUGUCUGUCCUUUGAAUGCCUUUUAGAGGGAUAGAGAAUUAACCUGGCAUGGAGAUCCAUCCCUCACACGUUGUCAGCUCAACAAAUGCCUUUGCAGGGUGACUUUUCUCUCAUGCUGUUCCUUGUAUGGCCACGCCUUUUGGGUGUAAAAACCUUUUAGAAAUCGAAUAUAUACGUCCCUCUUCAACACAGAAACAAUAGAUUUAGUUCCCUUUUUGGGCACUUCACUUUGUUUCAAGCACAUACUUUCAUAAUGCUUGCAUUUAAAGGCAGUUUCAGAACAUUUCUAUGCUAUUUUACAAUCUAAAAAAAUCAACUGAUAUAAGAAGCUGAUGAAAGUGUUAAACAGGAUGUUUUCAGAUUAUACAACUUUGCACUGGUAACCCAUGUAACAAACUGUACAUUUUCUUGUAAAUAAAAUAAAUAUACAUCA